UACCUCCCUUGGAUCGACGCAGUUUGUUUGCGAUUUGAAGUGGAGAAACCAUGAAGGCAGUCAUGUCAGAAGGUGUCAAAGCCAUUGCUGUGGCUCUCUAUCAAGAACGAGGAACUUUUGCCUUCGUUUACAAGUUGGCAAAGAACUUCUGUGAAGCAAUAAAAACAAAAGGAAUCAUCUCGAACACUGAUUUCCUUACAGAAACAAAACACUUAGCAGAAGCUGAUGUUGUUAACAACUUAAAGUCCAGAAUUGCUGAUGCAAAAACAUGUAUAGAGACGUUGGAUUAUUGCCGAUAUAAAUUGCAUGAAGAAUUAGAAAUACAAUCUAUGAAAAGGUUUACACUUCAACUAACAUACAAUGAACUCUUGAAAAGUAUUAGUGAAGAGAUUUCCUAUGCAGUUAAGCAGGCAAAAUUUCAGAAUAAUGAAGAAAUUAGAAAGAUGGAAGAAUCAAUGAAGAAGUUAGAUGCUAACCUCAAAAGAACCAGUCAGAUUGUGAAUUCUCUUGAAGCAGAAAAUGAAAUAAUUUUAGUUAAAAGAAAUGAACUUGCUUUGAAUUUAGACAAAAAGAAUCUCGAAUGGAACAAACAGUAUUCCUUGAAAUACGAGAUACAAAUCAAAAUAUAUGAAACCAAAGAAAAGAUCAAAGCGUUAUGUAAUGAGAUUGUUAAAUACCAGGAAGAAAUUCUAAAAAUGAAAGAAUCUCUAAUUGAAGAACAUGCAGCAGCUAUUAAAGAAGCAAAAGAAAUUUCCCCCAGUUUGCAUGAAAUAAAGGUUAUCGCUGAUGAAUGGAAUUUGAAGAAUUCACUUCUACUGGCAGAACUUACAGGUUUUAAGAUUGAACUAAACAGCCUUCUUGAAAAAACUGCCAGAGUAAAACAGCAAUCUGAGGAUCUUAUUAAUAAGAUUAUCAUCCAAAAGAUAAAUAUUACUGAUAGAAGCAAUUAUAUAGAGAGUCAACAGAAGAUCACAGAGGUUCAUGCAAAUACUCGUACAGCGCAGGCUACUCGAAUCCAAAAGAUUGAAGAAAAAUAUGAAGAAAGCUUAAAUGCAAAGAAAUCAUCGCUAAUUAAUGUAAAACUGAGAAUAAACCAGGAGCGGUACAGAGCCAGCGAACAAAAGAAGAGUAUACAUCAACAGAGAAGAAUUCGUAGGACAUAUUUAUCUCACUCAAGUAUUUCUGGGGAGGAACUUAAAAUUAAGGAAAGCGAACUGGAAGAUCUUAAAGCUCAGUUGGAGAGAAUAAGAGCAAAGAAAGUUGAGCUUCUAGAUUUACUUAAUGAAUUGGAAAUAAGAUUGCGGACGUUAAAAGAGGAUUGUCUAAAGAGAGUUGAAGAAUUGGAGGAUUUUAUUAACGAAUACACUGAAAGACUAGCAUUACUAGAAGAGAGUGUACAAUCACUUGAAGAUAAGAAAAGGGAUUUAGCAUUGGAAUUAAGGCUGCUGCAUGAACAUCAAGAAUAUUUUCGAAAAUCUUUACAAGCAGAAGCAGACAGAAGAUUGCAAUAUUACAGAGAAAACAAACUCAAAGCUAGACGGAUUCAACAGGAAGCCCUUAGUAUGAAUGCACUUAUCGACAAGUUAGGAGAAGAAAUAAAGAUGAUUAAAAUCGAAUUUAAAAAGACACUUAAAGCAUCAGAGGAACAAAUUAAAGAACAACAGGCUGGUGUUGAUCAAGUUGAAGAGAACAAAGCACGAAUAACGAAGGUUGUAUUGAAACGAAUUCCUAAUUUCAAACGCCUCCAGGUCAAACACUAUAAAGUAGAAAAAAUAUAUAACACAGAAACAAAAAUGUUUUCAUACAUAAAUCAGAAAGAAGCAAUUAUAGAUGAUGAAGUAAGAUUUGCCACAAAAAAUCUUGAAAGUAGAAAAAAGAAAUUGGCUCAAUGGAAUGCAAGAAUUGAAAGUAACCGUAGGGCUUAUAUUAAAGCUUUAAUUGUUAACGCUAACAAGAUAGAAUGUAUUGAAGAGACUAUAUAUGGCGAGUUAAAUAAAAUUCGUGCCAUAAUUUUAAACAAUUGUCAACUUAAAGAGGCUUUGGAAGCGAAAGAAAGUAUUUGCGAUUUCUGGCAGAAACGACUUGACAAUGUAGAAGAGCAGGUGAGACAGCUACGGGAACAGGAGAAUGAACUUAAAGAGAUGUUGCAGAAGAUGCGAACAAUGACAGAGAACAUGGUGGAGUCAACUCAGCAAAGAGAACUGAACACAGAAGAACGUUUGGAAAACAUAUCAGAAACAAUGGCUUCUUGCGGGAAAACCUUGAGUUAUAUUUAUGAAAAAAUUUAUGGCUGGUUGCAAAGAUUUGAAGACAGUUUUGGAGAAAUUGAAAAAAUAAAGGAAUCUUGAAUUCUU